AUGCGAGCUCUUUGCCUUCUUAUCAUGACUAUAGUCUGUAUUGGAAGUGUUACUGCCCAAUGGGGAUAUGGCAGGCCCUACUAUGGACCUAUUGGACCAUUUGGUGGUACCCCGUACGCACGCCUGCGAGCAAUGAUGGGCUAUGGUAUGAUGCCGUAUGGCGGAUAUGGUGGCUAUGGUGGAUAUCCCAUGUAUCGCGGCUAUGGUGGAUAUCCCAUGUAUCGCGGCUAUGGCUGGGGAUAA